UUAAGUUUUGUAAUCUUUGGGACUAUGUUAGUAAGUAGCACAGUGACUUACUGUUGUUAGCUCGCCGAGAUCAGCUUUCAUUUCAUGGCUUUUUUUAAUUUUGUGUAGGUUAGAGUACUCAGUCCAACAUCAAACUCUGAAAGAUAACUGACACUGCGAUAGUGUUACCAUACUGAUUAGUGUCACUGGUUAGUCUUCACUUUUAAAGUAGACCAGAAGCUCAUGUUAGAUUUGACUGACUAGGUGCGAAGCCGGUUACAUGCACAUUGUAGAUUUGUUCAUAAUUUCUCAUUUGGGUUAAAACUUGUUAUUAAAUACAACACAGAAUCAUGAUAGCAGACGGUCACCUUGUUGGAGAUGGUUCUUGGGACCUGAAGGUCUAUGUGACUGACUUGCAAGUAGAGAGAGCCAUUAGAGUUAAAGGUGACCUCCACAUUGGUGGUGUAAUGUUGAAUCUCGUAGAAGAUGUGGAUGUAACUUUAGAUUGGUCAGAUCAUGCCCUCUGGUGGCCAGCAAAGAACAAAUGGCUGCUAAGAACAAAGUCUACUCUUGACCAAUGUGGUGUUCAAGCAGAUGCUUUGUUGCAUUUCACUCCAAUGCACAAAAUCCUGAGAGUUCAGUUGCCAGAUUUACGCUUCAUGGACUGUAAAGUCGACUUUUCUGUGAAAACGUUUUCUUCUGUUGUAAAACUGUGCAAAGAAUUGGGCAUAAGGUGUCCAGAAGAAUUGUCUUUUACUCGGCCUCUCGUUUUGGAUCACCUGAAGAGAAAUUAUCGAUAUAUUGGUUGCAGUCCAAGGCAGAGAAAUAAAGAGGGGCAAGGGUCUUCAGUAGGAAGCUUGAGUUUAAACACAAGUACUCCUGAAAAAACAGCACCUGAUUCACCAAUCAUGAAAACCCCUGGAAGUGGUCCUGUUUGGAAUAUCUCGAGUUAUUCUUCACACAAUGGAUCUUAUAUUGGAACACACAGUUUCCUUAGUGAUGAAAGUAUUUCAAGCCAAGAAUUCCCACUUGCACAAAGUCCCAAAACACCAACAGAAGAGGCUAGACAAGGUCUUCUCUAUCCCAGAUCACUUAUUGAAAGAGCAAGGUUGAAUGCAGGCUGGCUGGAUUCCUCUCUUUCACUGAUGGAACAAGAUGUUAGAGAAUUUGAUACACUACAGUUGAAAUACAAACUGUUUCACUUUUAUGAUCUGAAUCCGAAAUAUGAUGCUGUAAGGAUCAAUCAGAUAUAUGAACAAGCUAGAUGGUCCAUACUGACAGAAGAAAUUGACUGCACUGAUGAAGAAAUGAUGAUGUUUGCAGCAUUGCAACUACAAGUUAAUAUGCAAGCUAACGUACCCCAGCCUGACUCCCAGAAAGGUGAAGAUGAUGUGGAUGCUGCCUUGACUGACCUACAAGUAUCUUUGGAAGGAUCUAUGCUCGGUGAAAGAAAUGGAGACCUAACUAAGGUUCCAGAACUUUCAGACUACCUAAGAUACAUGAAACCUAAACGAUUCACCUUAAAGGGUUUCAAGCGAUGCUUCUUCUCAUUCAAAGACACCAGCUUGGCCAUUUACAAAAACCAUGAAGAAAAUCGUAGUGUACCAUCAGUGAUUAUUGAACUGAAAGGAUCUGAAGUUUCACCUGAUGUAAGUCUGGCACAGGAAAAGUAUGGGAUAAAGCUGGAGGUGCCUAGUCAGAAGGGCAUGGUUGAUUAUUGGAUCAGGUGUGAUAAUGAACAGCAGUAUGCUAAGUGGAUGGCUGCCUGUCGACUGGCUUCUAAAGGGAAGACCAUGGCAGAUAGCUCUUAUGACAUGGAAGUAAAAACUAUUUUGGAGUUUCUAAGUAUGCAGCGGCCAGCUCCUUCUCCAGCCAUCAACCCUUCACAAGUGGACAUCAACCCUGAUGAUUAUAUUGCCCUCAGGUUUCUCAGAAGUUGGAGAGAUAAAGAGGUUGUUAAUCGUAUGUUGGAAGCCCAUGCAAAUGUGAAAGAUCUGACCCUUGUUGAUGCGAAAUUGCACUUUAUCAAAGCCUGGCAGGCUUUGCCUGACUUUGGGAUUUCACUUUUUGUAGUAAAAUUUAAAGGUUGUAAACGUGAGGACCUUCUUGGAAUUGCACAUAACAGAUUGAUGCGAAUGGACCUCCACACCGGAGAUCACAUCAAGACUUGGCGAUUCAACACUAUGAAGAUAUGGAAUGUCAACUGGGAGGUUAAACAGGUAGAGGUUCAAUUUGAAGAAGAAACAAUUGCAUUUAGUUGUUUGACUGCUGAUUGCAAGGUAGUGCAUGAAUUCAUUGGAGGCUAUAUCUUCUUAUCCAUGAGGUCUAAAGAUCAAAACCAGACACUUAAUGAGGAAUUGUUUCAUAAACUGACAGGUGGUUGGGUUUGAAUCCAUAUUUGCAAGCUGUUUUAAGUGAUGAAGAACCAAUUAACUUUGCUUGUAAAAUUUACUAAAAUAAACUCAUUUUCUGUUCUUCAAAGUAUAAACUUAAGAUUUUAUGUUAGUUCAACAACUUUUGUUAAUGAAAAGGCAUACAAAACAAGCUUAUAUGUAAGUAGAGAGAGAGAGAAAUAAUAAUGAAAAAUGCAGUUUAUUUGAAACAAAAAUUAUUUGUCUUUAGAAUUUGAUGAUUGUGCCAUACACAAGAUGAGUAACUUGUGAUUUUUUUAUAUCCACUAAAGAAUAUGCAGAGGGUUACAGGAUGGAGAUAAGAUUGUCAGUUUUCAUCCAUGAUGUGAUUUGCUUCUGAAGGUUUUAGAUUAACCCAUUAAAAACAUGUCUUAUUCUAGGCUUGGCUGCAAUACUAACCUGUAAUAUCAGUUUACUGAAGAAAAGUUAUAUCAACUUGUUCUGUUGCACACCAAGUGCUGCCUUGUAUCACAGUACAUCGUAUAUCUGUUGCAGUGUUUAUGAUAUUCAUAUACUGUCUCUCUCUCUCUCUCCUGGUAGAAGAGUUUGAAAUUGUGUAUACACCAUAGUAAUAUGAUGAAUUAUUUGUUACUGUGUAUGGGGUGUUUUGGAUGAUGUGUCACAGAAUUUAUUUAAAAAUUUCACAAGCAACUAUGGAAAAAAAAAGAGUGGGUAAAAAAUAAAUCCAGGAUGUUUUUGUGAAGUAUUAAUACUCAGGACAGCUCAGGUGUAACUUGCACUAUAACUCAAAUUAACAUGUCUCUGAGAUAAACAUAUCAUAAUUACAUAAGGUACUGUAACAAAUAUAAGAAAUACUUUAAAAAACCUGAUAAGAAAUGUUGGCAGAAUAAGAAGCAAAACAAGCAUUCGAAAGUAUGAAAAUUUGACACUCUCCACAUUAAUAAAUUUCACUAUGAAGUUUUGCACCUUUCUUCUGUGCCAUUUUCAGAAACUUGUAAAUUUAUGAAAGUAAAUUGCCAAAUACAGUUGUAUGAAAAGUAGUGCCUUAUACCCGAAGAAUAAAAUAUUCAGUCAAUUGAAAGUUUCAAAUCUUCCAGGUGGUGCUCUUUAACUACUAAAUACUUUUUGAUAUGUGUGUGGAAGUCUUUUGCUACAUUGCAGGACAACCCAUUUUAUCUUCUACACCUAAACCACAACAUAAGAGUUAACCCAUUAUUUUUGUUCAGUCUUAUGUGAGGUUGUCCACACAAACUAUUUAAUUAUAUUCAUUUUAACUUGACAUGAUCUGCUAUGAAGCCUCAAAGGCUGGAGAAAAUAAUGGUGAAUGAAAAUAAAUAUCAAAUGGGUAAAAUAAAGUACAAGAAAUAAAGCUAUCUUGAGAAAUGAUUUUGUUACUCAUGGUAGAUCAUGUGCAUUGGAUCACAUUGUUAUAUAUGCUAUGUUAUAAAUAAACAUUAUUUUAAGUACAGUGACAGUUGUCACAUUGGACAGGUUUUACAUUUUUCAUGCUAAAGUAACAAUUAUUCUGUUUGUUUUUAAUAUAGCAUCCCUAUAUUUUUUAUUCUGUGUAUAUUUUGGAGAUACAUUUUUGUCUAGCUUAGAUUCAGAUUGUAAUUUUAGCUUAAAUUUACCUUGAAACAUAAGCUUCUUAGCUACGUAAAUAAAUAAUUCUUUGAAGUAGCACAUGUAGAUGAUUUAUGUAAAUGUAUUUUGUUAGCAUAUAUAUAUAUAUAUAUUGGUGGUAGCUAUAGGGUUGUUUUUAAUGUAAUAUGCUGGAAGUUUCUAAUUUUAAUGAAACUAAAGAACAAGUCAGAUGGUGAGAAGUGUUCAAAUUAAUAUGAGGAUCUGUACAGCAUUUACAAAGAGUUACAAUAAUAAUAUUAUUUGAUUGGCUCUUGUGUUAAAAUACUCGUCAAAGUUUAUAUUGUUAGUCACUCAAAUCUUGAAGAAUAUCUGAAGCUAAAAAUGAACAAGAAGCUAUUAGUUUCUGAAUAAGCUCUGAAUUAUUGUAUUUGUAGUUUUCAUGUACUUGGGCUUAAUUGAUAAUAAUUUGUUACAUUUAGUGUUGUAUUGUUGGCAAAUUUAACUUGCCUUAAUGCUAUCUAAGAGACAGCUGACUCAUGAAACAUGACUGCUAAAUGAUUUUAUUUCAGCAUAGGUGUUUAGUUAUAGAGAUGUGUGAAUGAGUAAAGGAUCUACGAAUUAUUAAUUCUUAGAACAAGAUGCCUUGGAAGAAAAUCUUUUAUGGGUAUAUUAUAUUUUUGUCACAUUGAAAAGAAUAAUUUAUAUUAAAUAUUGAAAAUAAUGUUAUUGGUAUGAAAAUAAAUUAAAGAAAAAAGUAUACACUUAUGAUGUAAAAUCAUCAUAUAUAAUUGAGGAAUUUUGUUAAAAAUUAAGAAAAUACUACUAACCAUUGGAAUUAUUUAUAGCCGCAUUGUUUAAAUAAUUUUGAAACUAUAUAUUAAGUCUAAUUAUCAGUGUUUUUAUUUGUUUUUAAAGGAAAUUUAAGCUUUUAAAAAUUAUUUUUUAAAUAUUAAAUAUUUGUGAAGGUUACACAACUUUUAAAUCCACUGUUUUUUACAGAAAUAAUUUUUCUUCUGUGUUCAAGUAGUUAUGACUACAUAUCAUCAGUGCCUUAUAUACAAAGUUUCUAUAAGCUAAAAUUAAUUUCUUAUAAUUCUUUUACAAAGUUAAAAUGACCAAAAACUUACCUUGCACUUGUGUAAGAAUGUUUUAGAAAUGUAGAACUAUGAGUUCAUAUAAAUUGAAUACAUAUCAACCAUAGACAUUUGUAAAUGGAGAUUUUUGGAAAACUGGUAUUUUUGGUUAUUGUAGGAAAUGUUUUUUUAGACUCAAAUAGAAUUUUAAUUUCAUGUAAUCAAUUUUAUGUAUGAAUUUAAAAACAAAUAUCUGUUUUUUACUUUCUUGAAGUAUUGUAUAAAUGGAGUGUUAUUUAUAUGUAUUUUAAGUUGCUUCAAUAUUGAUAUUAGGGGAUGGUGAAAUACUUAACUUCAUAUAUAAGAUAAUUGAUACUACAGUGUGUUAUGGAGAUAUAUAUAUGAACUAAACUUAGAGUUUUCUAUAGAAUUUUAUAUCAUCGAAUGUAUAUAAGUACCUAAGGUAGUGUAUGGAAGAUCAUAAGGUAUGUAUUAAAGAACUUAACAGAAACAAUAUAUUUUAUAUGAAUAGCAGGGUUACAAGUUGACAGCAGAGGAAAACUUUUUGAUAUUAUAGAUGUGAAUCCUCCAGAUUACAUUUUAGAUGCCAAUCUUUCAUCAGCUAAAAAUGUCUCUCGAUUAAGAAUUUUGUUUUUCCCCGAUUUAAUGAAUAUAUAAUUGCAACAUUUUAGUGUAAGGUGCUUUACAUUUUAUAUCCAAUUUUUAGUUUGUUUUAUAUCAUUUGACAAGAAGUAACUUUUUGCCUGAUUUUUAUAUGUAUAAAUUGUUUUACGUUUGUUACAUUUUUGCUUAUGUUUAGAUUUAUUUUCUGAAUUAUGGUGUAACUAAAAGCCAUUUCAGUACAAGGUAACAGGAAGUGUUGUUUUACUUGUUUGUGAUUUUUUUCCAAUUCCCACCUGUAUGGAUUUUUGUGAGUCUGCAUCUAAUUAGAGCCAUAUAUAAAUGACAAAAAAUUCAAGAAAAUAUUUCUGAUUAAUAGUGGAAAUCUAUGAUCACUUUGAGUAAUAUUUACUUGAAUAUAAGGAUAAAACAUUUUAUAGCCAUAGCUGGAAUUUUGGAGAAGUUGAAGCAGAAUCUAAAGGAUUCCCUGUAGAUUAGGUAGAUGUUUUAGCCAGUUGAAUUAAUUGGUAAAGUACUGGUGACGUUAUUACCAAAUAAUAGUUCAAGGUACAUAUGUCUGGUUAUUUGGAAACAGUUUCAAAUCAUGUUAAAUUUUAACUUUCUAUUAAAUAGAUUAUUUUUGUUAUAUUUGCUCUCUUUAUGAUAAAUAAAUGAUGCAAACAUGUUCAUGAAGCCACUUUCGCACAUAUUCAAACAUAAUCGUGUAAUAUAAUAAUCAGGUACACUCUUUCAUGAAUAAGUUGUUAUACCACUAUGUGUUACUACCAAAUCCACCAUUAUAUAUGUGGGAUUUAUAUAGUUUUAAAUAUUUUUUUUGUGAUUUUGAAGAUGGUGAUAGUUCAGUUGGAAUAGUUAUAAACUUAUACACAAUUUUAUGUACCAACUAACUUACUAAAUAUUUUAAGGAUGCCUUAGGAUUUCAGCAAUGCAUGUUGCAUAUACUUUACCAGAAUAUUUAUACCAGUGUUUUUAAAUUUUUUAUUUUAUUUAGAGAGCAUUAAAUAUAGUUAUGUAAGCAUGUUUGAAAGAUUCUGUAUUUUUAUUUGAAUAAUAAUAGUUGUUUAGCAACUGUG